AUGGAGAACACGUCCCGUGAAAACGAAGUUCGACUCGACGUCAAGCGAGAUUUCAAGCAGGCGGCAGACUAUCUGACCUCCAAGACGUUGUUAUUCGGGAUAUCCUGUGUCCAAGAAGGCGGAGAACGUCAACACCUGGAACGAGUAUCCAAUAUUCAAGAGAAGUUGAUGAAGUCAGCAGAGACUUGCCCAGUCGCUAGUCACUCAGGGCUGGUGGCCAUCCAUGAUGAAGAGAAUUGUUCAGAUGUUCCUGGAUGUCUCUCUGCCCUGGAUGCCAUGGCAGCUCCGUUGCCAUAUGCAGCCAAAUUCCAGGUUGCCGUGACACGAGGUAGCGCCCGAGGCAGGCCAUUGAUCGUUUCACGCCUCGCCAGUUACGAAAGUCGCCAAGUCGCGGACUUAUUCGCUCUGGAUGCACAUGGUGUGCUGUAUCGGUUAGCUCCGCCCACGCGUGACAGAUCUCGAGAUGCCCAGGAUGAAUUGCGCCUGGUAAUACCAACUACCCUGAGAGAGGAUAUCCUGCACUACGCACAUGAAGAUUUUCAGAGUGGACACCAGGGCACCAACGAACUCACGAAGAGCUGCGUUCUGAAUUCUACUGACCCGGGAUGUAUGCUGACGUGGAGCGUCAUGUCAUGGAGUGUGUUGACUGCGCGAGUGUCAGAGCGAAGAAAUACUUUCCUCCUCUUGUUACAAGACAUGUUCUCAGGAUUGUGCAAACCGAUGUCAUCCACAACGGCAGAAAACGUAGCUGAGGUGUAUGAGGAACGGGUGUUCAAGAUGUUUGGCGCUUCAAAAAUGAUCUGCCACGAUCAAGACCCGAGGUUCAUGAGGAACUUCAAGGUAGCCGUCAAAGUUCACUCUGAGUUACCGACCUCAGGCAACGGGCAACAGGAACGUUCAGUCCAGACUGUCAUUCGGAGUGCUCGGGCGUAUGUCACUGAAGCAGACCAGUCAGAUUGGGAUGACCACGCCGAGCGGCUGAUGUUCGCCCUGAACACAUCGUUUGAUGCGACUCGCCUAGAUACACCAUUCUAUUUUGUCCAUGGUUGGCACGUUCAGGGCACUGUAUCCUCCAUGUUGGGACCUAAACCAUCCAGCCUCCCAGAAUGGACUGCGUAUGAACCGAGGAGAACGUUCCAGCUUGACUAUAGCUAUGCACGAGCUUGUGCUAAGGGCCUCCAGAAGAAAGAGAAACGCAUGAGAUUGGAAGCUCAGACUCAGAAGUGCAGAGAGCUCUCAGAGCGUUUGAAGUCUGGAUUCGAAAGGUGCGACGCAGUUUGGUUGUAUAUACCCAAGGUGCAACCAGGAUUGAGUCGUAAGCUGGCACACUCAUUGCAUGGCCCUUUCAGGAUUGACGAGGUUCACGAUGCUUUCUGGGUAAAGUUGAAGAUCGACGGAACCGGAUAUCGCGUACAUGUAAGUCGCCUUGAACCUAGGGCGUUAUUCCCGAAGAGACCUGUUGAUGAAGUCAUCCUGGAUGAUAACGACGACCUGGAUGUCGAACUGUUACCCGAGGAUAGUUGGGAAGCAGACAACCAGAACAAUGAGUAUGAGGUGGAGCGAAUCCUGGAUCUUCGAUGGACCAAAAGUACCCAAGGACUCGCUAGUAUCUUGUCAAGUGGAAAGGGUAUGUCGAUCCUGAAUGGAUACCACUGUCACAACUCAACUGUGGAGCCUUGUUGUACGAGUUCAACCAUGGAGCCAGGGCCUGAGCGCGUUUCAGGGCGAUGCAUGCGGGUGAUGACCAUCCUCAGAUCUAGUUGGGUUCAUUCGUCGAUCCUGGAUGGUCAACUGAAUCUUACUCAGACCGAUGAGUUUACGUGA